AUGCCUUCCAACAUUCCCCCUUCAUCACUAGGCGUGGAAGCCGCAUCAGACAACCCCGCAGGCCAAGUCAAGCCCAAAUACGUGGUGUCGGGAUCAGGCCACGCAGCGCAUCCAGAGGACAUCGUCGCCUCUUGCCGUGCGCUCUCAGCUUAUGUGACCAAGAUGCAGGAAGACGCAGAUCGUGAGCUCAGAGAGUUUGAUGAGAGGAUCAAGGCGCGUGAACUCGCCGAGAAGAGGAGAGUCGCGCCAGGUUGGCUCGACAGCGAGAUGCACAUCCUUGAGCCCGAGAAGAGUACACCGGUGCAGCAGCAAGGUACUGGAAAUGUACCCGAGAGUCAGGAUGCCCAGAAUGCCCAGAAUGCCCAGAACGGAAACGCGACCACAGACCAGGGUGCGGAGUUGGACAGAGCAUUCGGUGGAAUGGAGUUGAAAUGA